GAGAGGAGUGGAGAGGAGCAGAAAAGGAAGGAGGAGGAGCAGAAAAGGAGGAGAGAAGAGGAGAGGAAGGAGGAGGAGGAGAGAGAAGAGGAGGAGGAGAGAGGAGAGGAGGAGAGGAGGAGGAGGAGAGAAGAGGAAGAGAGAAGAGGAGAGAGGAGGAGAGGAGAGGAGUGGAGAGAAGAGUUGAGAAAAGAGGAGAGGAGUGAGAGGAGAGAAGAGGAGAGGAGGAGAGAGAAGAGAGAAGAGGAGAGGAGUUGAGAGAAGAGGAGGAGAGGAGAGGAGGAGAGAAGAAAGAGUGAAGAGAGAAGAGGAGAGGAGUGGAGAGAAGAGGAGGAGAGGAGAGGAGGAGUGAGAGAAGAGGAGAGGAAGGAGGAGGAGAGAGAAGAGGAAGAGGAGAGGAGGAGAGAGGAGAGGAGGAGAGGAGAGAAGAGGAAGAGAGAAGAGGAGAGGAAAAAGGAGUGGAGAGAAGAGUUGAGAGAAGAGGAGAGAAGAAAAAGGAGGGAGAGAAGGGAGGAGAGAAGAGGAGAGGAGGAGGAGAGAGGAGAGGAGCUGGAGAGGAGAGAAGAGAGGAGGAGGAGAGAAGAGAGAAGAGGAAGAGGAGAGGAGGAGAGGAGGAAAGAGGAGGAGGAGAGGAGCAGAAAAGGAGGGAGAGAGGAGCUGGAGAGAAGAGGAGAGGAGGAGAGAGGAGAGGAGGAGAGAGAAGAGGAGGAGAUAAGAGAAGAGCUGAGAGAAGAGGAGAGGAGGAGAGAGGAGGAGGAGGGAGAGGAAGAGGAGAGGAGGAGAGAGGAGAGGAGGAGAGAGGAGAGGAGAGGAGAGAAGAGGAAGAGAGAAGAGGAGAGGAAAGAGGAGAGGAGGAGAGAGGAGAGGAGGAGAGAAGAGGAGAGGAAGAGAGAGAGAAGAGAGAGGAGAGAGAGAGAGAGAGAGAGAUAAGAGAGAGAGAGAAGAGAGGGAGAGAAGAGAGAGGAGAGGGAGAGAGAGAGGGAGGGAGAGAAGAGAGAGGAUAGGGAGAGAAAGAGGGAGAGAGGGGAGAUAAGACAGAGGGAGAGAGGGAGGGAGGUAGACAGAGGGAGAGAGAGGGAGAGGAAGAGGAAAGAAAAGAGAAGAAAAGAAGAAGAGAAGAGAAAAGAAGAAGAGAAGAGAAGAGAAGAGGAGAGGAGAGGAGAAGAGGAGAGGGAGGAGAGAAGAGAAGAGGAGAGGAGAGGAGAAGAGGAGAGGAGAAGAGAAGAAAAGAGAAGAGAGGAGAGGAGGAGAGGAGAAGAGAGGAGAAGAGGAGAGGAGAGAAGAGAAGAGAAGAGAAGAGGAGAGGAGAGGAGAAGAGGAGAGGAGAAGAGAAGAGAAGAGAGGAGAAGAGGAGAGGAGAAGAGGAGAAGAGGAGAGGAGAGGAGAAGAGAGGAGAAGAGGAGAGAAGAGGAGAAAAGAGAGCAGGAGCCGCAGAGUGCUUGUUUUUGA